UUGGGUUCAUUUGUCGAGAGGUCGUUGUGUAUCGUGGUAGAUUUUCGAUAAAUUCAGAGCCAAAACUGCCAUCAGCUGCCCCUGUGGUUAGAAAGGAAGGCUUUCCCUGACUAAUGAAUCGUUCUGUUUCGUCUGGUAAUACGGUUUCUUCGAAAUUCGAUGGAUUAUUGCACUCAACUAAAAUGACGGAAAUGGCCUCGGACCCGAAACGCUGCCGCUUAAACGAUGACUUUGGACUCCUUGUUCAAGGAAUUCUCGCCGCUGUGGCGUUCAGCACUCUUAUUUUGAAAAGAUUGAGAGAACCUCUAUCUGAAAGACGACCUGUUCUUAUUUGGUUUUUUGAUACUUCAAAGCAAGCAGUUGGUGCCAUGCUGGUACACUUUGCUAACAUCUUCCUAGCUAACCUUUUCAAAGGUGAUCCAUGCACCUGGUAUCUGAUAAAUUUCUUGUUGGAUUCUACUCUUGGUCUGGUUGUCAUUUACAUCUGCCUUCAGUUCAUGCAAGGUGUCGUAAGAAUGUACGACUGGGAUAAUUUGAGAUUUGGAGAGUAUGGUAACCCUCCGCAGUGCAAAGCUUGGGCAGGGCAGUGUUUUCUGUACCUCUGGGCUGUCAUCAUUGAAAAAGCUCCCAUCACACUAGUAGUACAACUUAAUUUUUGGGAGGAAGUUCGCAGGUUCAUGCUUUUGCCUGUCAAACACUACCCAAGAGUGGAGCUUGCUAUAUCAAUGCUGAUAGUCCCUUUUGUUUUCAAUGCUAUAAUGUUCUGGGUUGUUGACAAUUUCCUUAUGCGAAAGAAGAAAAAAUUGUUACAGAGAGAAGACACGCAUAGCAAAGUGAAAUAUGAAAGGCGAGUAGUGAUGAAUGGCUCUGAUGAAGAGGCUGUACUCUUAGAAAACAUGGCAGAAGGAGAGAGCUUAACAAUUCCAGAUGACAACAUUUAUCACAGGGGAGAUACCGUAAGAAGAUGAUAGCGUGCAAAGCCUCUAAGGAAUUAAUGUAGCUACAGAUAGCUGGUUGUGUCUUUGGCAGACUUUUCUAGAUGGGCAAAUACAGUGCAGAGAAUUGUUGACCAAUAAGCAGUGAAUGCGCUGGUGUGAAAAAUGGCUUGGACUGCACCUUUUUCAGGCCCCUAUUUCACUUUUGGGUGGCUUAGGGUACCUGUCACUACACUGUAGCCCUGGAAUUAUUUUGGCAUUUUAGUUCUGUGAAGCAUACAAACAAUCAGCUACCUUUGCCUGAAAGAAGAAAAUGAGUGAGAUGUUUUGUAACAUUUUCUAGGUAGCCUGCCAAUUAUUUCCCAUUUUUUUUCUAGCAGUUUGCAAUUCCCUUCCUCUUAAAGUUAUUGCAUUUGUACUGUUUUACUGUUUUUUCUAUCUAUUCAAAAUUAAUACUCCAAAUUUUAAAUUUUGCUUCCUUUUAUACUUCAAGAGGGGUAAAAGGUGCUGACUUUGUGCAGAUGAGCCAUCAGGUGCCCACUUCAUUUGUUGUAAAGGGUAUUUACACUGCAACGGGUCAAACCUUUGACACCCUAUAAUCACUCUCCAUAUUCUCCCCAGUCCUUUUCUCUUUACAUUCCUUUAGUGUGGACAAGGAAAAAUAAUUGGUUAACAAUUAAAAGCCCCUUUAACUGGUGAUCACUUGCUUUCCCUUCUCCCCGCAAGAUUGAUCUUCAGAGCAAAGCCAAUCCCCUUUUUUUUUUCUCUUCAGAAAUGGCAGCUCUGUGUAUAGUGUGACACUUAUGUAGUAAUUUCAGUGUGACUCUUUUGAGGAAAUUUAUUGUCAUGUGAUGUAGCAUCAGGUUUCCUAAACCAGUUUUGAAUGGCUCAACCAGAAAUUCUUAAACUGGAUUGUAAAUAUUCUAAAAUUAUGUGAAUUCAAAGUAGUUUUGAUAGGAAAUUUAUAGUGACAUUCAAUUCGAAUUGUUCUUGAUUUUGAGAAAGAUUGCAAACAUUUACAUUCAGUCACUGAAAAACAA